AUGUCGAUGAGCAAUAGCGAGAGCUUCGUCGAGCACUCCUCGGUCGACGAGGUUGAUUCCCUACCCUCUUCCUCUUCAAGUUCGUCGGUCGAUGAGGAAGAAUACAUGUCAGAUGCGGAUCGGGAAUGGAAAGAAUCACUGCAGCAGCUAGAACUGCUGCUGACAAUGGUCAUGGUGCCGUAUCUGGGGAAAUACUUUGGCAGGAAAGCUGCGUACUGGGGAUGGGCCAGGUUUAUGGAAUGGAAGUAUCCCGUCGAAAUAUCCAUCUCAAGCCCGAAAACGUUCAAACUUGCGGGAGCCGUCGAGGCAGCAGCGACGCUAUGA